AAGAACGAUUCGCUCGCCGAUCAGACAUCACUGAGGAUGGUGCUGCAGGACUUGUGAAGACAGCGCUAUAUCCAGGUUUUAUUUUGGCUAACGAUAAUCGUAGGGCUGUUUACAUCAUCUUUAAAUAUGGCAGAAGAGGGAACAGAGAUGGUUGAGGAAACUGAACAGAUGAUCGAUAAAAAAGAGCCGAUAAAUUCCGUUUCUGCGGCGGAAUCAAAUGAGAUGCGAGCUGUGAUUCUGACGGGCUUCGGAGGUCUGAACAAACUCAAAGUCAGCAAGAAACCCAUGCCAGAGCCUCAAGAAGGAGAAGUGAAAAUUCGCGUGAAAGCAUGCGGGCUGAACUUUCUUGAUCUGAUGGUACGUCAAGGAAAUAUUGAUAAUCCUCCUAAAACCCCUCUUGUGCCUGGAUUUGAGUGUUCUGGGAUUGUGGAGUCAUUGGGUGAAAACACCAAAGGGUUUGAGAUAGGUGACAGAGUUAUGGCCUUUGUAAAUUACAAUGCCUGGGCUGAGGUUGUGUGCACACCGUUGGAUUUCGUGUAUAAGAUCCCAGACGACAUGACGUUCCCAGAGGGGGCUGCCUUUUCCAUGAACUUUGUGACUGCGUACAUGAUGCUGUUUGAAGUGGCGAAUCUCAAGGAAGGGAUGUCUGUGUUAGUUCAUUCUGUAGGAGGCGGGGUGGGUCAAGCUGUGGCUCAGUUGUGUUCCACUCUCCCCAACGUCACUGUGUUUGGAACCGCCUCGCCCUUCAAACACGAAGCCAUAAAGCAUUCGGUGACGCAUCUCUUUGACAGAAACAUUGACUAUGUUCCUGAAGUUAAAAAGAUAUCUCCAGAGGGAGUAGAUAUUGUGCUGGACUGUUUGUGUGGAGAGAAUACAGGAAAAGGUCUCUCUCUCCUCAAACCCAUGGGUACCUACAUCCUUUAUGGUUCAUCAAACAUGGUGACAGGAGAGACCAAAAGUUUCUUCAGUUUUGCCAAGUCUUGGUGGCAGGUUGAGAAGGUCAACCCUAUCAAACUCUAUGAGGAGAAUAAGGUCAUGGCUGGAUUCUCGCUCCUUAACCUUCUCUUCAAGCAGGGAGGGUGCAGUCAGGUCAAGGCAACAGUACAGAAACUUUUGUCUCUCUACGACCAGAAGAAGAUUAAACCUGUUGUAGAUUCCUUAUGGGCGCUUGAGGAGGUUAAGGAGGCCAUGCAGAGAAUCUAUGACAGAGGAAACAUAGGAAAGCUCAUUCUGGAUGUGGAAAAGUCUCCCACUCCGUUGAUGGCCAAUGACAGUACAGAGACCAGUGAAGCCGGUGAAGAGGACGAGGAGCAUGAGGGAGAUACUGAUAACAAAGAGCGGAUACCCUUCAUUCAGUGAACUGAGCUGACAUCUCAUCCAGAGACUAUCAUGAACCCGAGCGGUGCGCUCGGAUCCUCUGCUGUUGUGAAAUGUGUGUGUGUUACGUUUCUUUUGUUCGUCUGUAUCUUUGCCAUUUCUAAAGGUCUCAAAAUAGCUGAAAACACUUAUUGUGGUGUUUAUCGUUCGACUGAAGUGCCAUUCUUAGUGCAGUGUUAAAAUGUUACAGUGUUUUAGAUCAGAACGUUAUUGUUGAAUCGACUUUCGUGAAUCUCUUAUGUGGCCUCUAGGAUGUUGGUUUGGGCCUGUCCAUCAGUGCACAGAUUGAAAAUUCACUCACCAAGUGCCAAAUGCAAGGGAAAACUGGUUGUGCCAGAUACUUAAAACUGGUAAGUUGUCAUUAACUUUAUAAGGAAUGCCAUAAUACAUGAUUUAAGAGGAAUAGUCUGGAAGUUUAUCAAGGAUAUCUUAAAUGUAUAUUUUUGGCAACACAUAUAUGUAUGCAUCAUAUUAAAGGGAUAGUUCACCUAAAAACGAAAA